UUUCAUCGCAAAGUCAUUUGUUGUUUGCCUCUUUCACAAAGGUGAAUGGAAACAACUUGUCCUGCAUACUUCUUGUGUCUUUAAAUAUUAUUUAAGUUGGGAAAAAACACACAACUGACCUCUAAAACAUCCUUUAUAGACUAUGCAUUAGUUUUCACCUACUUCUAAUACUUUGAAGAACUGUAUGCAAAUUGCUUAAUCCAUGAAACUGAUACUGUUUGAAUUUAUGUAGAAUGCAUUAGCAAUGUUUAGGAAGAUGGAAACCUGUAGUUUUGAGGUUUGAAGUGUUGACAAGUAAUAGGCAGAAGUAAUAGGGAGCCAACUUUCUCUUCCCAGAAGUUUGUAUGCAAUACCCAUUGAUCUUGGUAGGAUUUCUGUGAAAUUCUGUCUUUUUUUCAUAAGAAUGAAAUCAGAAAUUGAUUACGUUUCCUAGGAUGAAACAUUCAAACGCUGCUUUUAUCAUUGUUUGAAUCACUAUACUUCUGUUCAUCCUCCAUUUCUCUUCAAAACACUCUUGUAAGGGUUGGAAUGGAUCUGGUGGUCUUCGAAGUGCAACUCAUUAUCAGUACACAGUGAUAAUCAGCCAGCUGCCUAGAGGUAAUCUCAUCUGCAUCUGCUGUGGCACUUCCCUAAAUACACAGACUGCAAAAGGACACUGUGCUGGUAGUUUGUCCUUCGAUCUGUUGAAUUCUGUUACCUUUCAAUUAAUGAAAAUAUGUGCUUUGUUGUAAAGUUGAGGGGGGGAAGCAAGAACAAAUUGUACAAACAGGUAGUUUGGUUGGAAGACUUAAACCUGAAAAGAAAUGCUGCUUCAUAUUAAUGUAUUCUCAGCACAGAGAUGUGAAGGGAUAUUUGCUCCUGUUCUCCAUAAGAAGAGAUUCAUAACCUGAUUCCUUCUUCUGAGGCUGCUGAUGCAAAGGCAAAUGACUAGUGAAAUACAGGCAAACAGUAUUUCUAGUGUCACUGUGGGGCUAGCAGAAGUUGUGAGGAGAUACUGCACUAUGGAAUGUGCACAAGGCACAAGUGAUGAAUGAGCAAAAGAAUAAGUAAAGCUUUUAUGAUAGUUCCGAAACAGAUAAGUGUUGAUAUUUUGGAAUCCAAAUUUCAGGCAAACUGUUGGACUUUGUUAUACAGAGUCCAAUGGAAGGUGAAGUCAGUAAAUGUGAAGUUUAAAGAAGAAGAAUUCUAUUAGUUAAACUUGCUUGGGACAGCUGACUUGGAAUUUAAUGUGUUUUGUUUCUUUAAUCAUCUCUUAAGGCCCAGGAAGCUGCCAGAAUUCAGGCAGCAAUCAGAGGAUAUUAAAACAAUCUUCACAGAGCUCCUGGACAAAACACAUUUAGUGUUCCAUCACAGAGAGAGGAGUAGAAAAAUUAGAUGGCUGGGCUUCAUAUACCAUUUCCAGGGAAACAGAUGAAGACAUAAGGCAGGAAGUGAAAAUGGUGAAGGAAUAAUCGUUUUCAAGGGCAAGACUAGGUGGCAGAAAUUGUAUUAUCUAUCUCCCUUUGAUCGGAUCCUGGAUAAAAAAUAUAAAGGGAAAACCAUCUGCUCUACUUCCUAGAUUCUGUUUAAAUUCUGACUUACGUCCUUUGAGUGAUAAGCUACCACAACAAGUCAGCAAGAAAAGAUGCUGUAGCUCAGAACUUGGAAAACGGCUUUUAUCCAUACUGGAGGAAUGACACACAUUGUUGAAAGAAUGAGGCAGAUAGCAAAUAUGUUUACCUCAGUAUGACUCCAUGAUAAUCUUCCAGGUAAAGUAAUUUGCCAGUCCAAGGGUCAUAAAUAAUGUAAUACCUGGUGCAACCUACAGUGUAACUACUUGAAAGAAGAGAAAUUGUGUGAAUAAGUAAUGUGGCUAUUGUAAUGGUGGAUUAUCAUUAUGAUUCUUGAAUAAGUUAGGAAAUAUUGUAAAGAUUUUUUUUAAUGCAUCAGUAUAGUUAUCUUUUAGUGAAAGUUUGGAGUAUUUCUGAAUUGCAUUCAAACACAGAAAAUGUGUUUUAAAUCUAAAAAGCAAGUGGGGUCCUACAAAGCCUAUACUUUUUAAAAAAGGAGCAUUAGUAUGCCCUAGAUUGUGUGUAGUUUUUAUUUUAAAUUGCAGGGAUUCUAAGAAGCAAAGCUCAGACAUGUGCUGAUGGUAAGAUACAGUCAAGAAAGACUGUAAUUGAAACCAUUGUAGAAGCUAUCAUAUUAUUUAUAUUACCACAGUAUUGCUGUGCUUGUCUUGUAGACCAGAGCAAGUGGUCUACAAGCAGCAAACUGAAAUGCUAAGGAGAAGAAAAUCUAAAAGUUGGAAAAAUCUUGUCGUUACAAUAAUUUUUUAUUUGAAGAGACUUCUUUACGUUUUAAAGUCUAAUGUCCAAAUCUAUUUUGUGUUGCAAAAAAAAUGAGUCUAUCAGUACAUACUAACAAAUUGUAGGAGGAGAAGAGAAAGAAGAGGGAAAUGGAAGUUUUAUCACUGACUCAAAAGUGGUGAAAGGGACAUGCGUUUGGGAGUUCUGAGUUUACUGAGGGGCAGAGUCAGAACACCAUUAUUCAAGGUACAAUUAGUUCUUUGCUCUUUCGUUUACGCACUGUAGGAGAUGGCUUUUGCUGAAACAACUGAAAUAAAUUCCCUGUGUUUCCCUUGCUGUGAUCAGCCCUAGGUAAAGGUGUUUGUUUAUCACACCACCUGAAGUACGAGCACUCAGCAGCUGAGAGCUGGAACCAGAGGGGAAAUUCCCAGUCAACUAGAAGAACAAAGCAUGUGUAUGAACUGGUACUUCAUGCUUCUGCCUUACAUUUGAAGAAGGAUCAUGCAAUUACAUUUACUGAGUCCCGCAGUUUCUGAAGUCAUUGGCAUGGAGGAAUAGGCUUGUCUCACCACUUAUAGAAAAUAAUGGUUGUGUAAGGAGUAGAAAAGUAGCAGGAGUUUCCUUUGUGGGAGUUAGAUAAAUGGAGAAAUACUGUGAUGCCAGUCAUCUGCAGUUACUUGCACUUGGAUUCUUGGCACUUCUGGAAGAAAAAAAAAAAGAUCUUGAGAAGAUUAAAAGUAUUGCAGACCACAGAGAGGAGGACAGUCAAGGAGGAAAGAUGUGAUUACUUCAGAGUGGACUGGAAGGAGUAUUGGUACAUGGUCCCCAAAUUUAACCACCAUUGGAACACUCUAGAUUUGAUUUUAGUAACUGUUCUUCCUGCAGUAGCACUGGUUAUCAUAGUUGUUGUAAUAUUUUACUGCGUCUACUACUGUAACAGUGAAAAAGCUGGGAACCAGACAAGUCCUUCAUACCGUGAAGCACAACAUAACCUCGCAUUUGCUGCUGAAAUGGCCGGUAACUUGGGGCACAUUUAUCAGCAGUCGCCAAGGGGUGACUGGGUUGGACAGAUUCCAAAAGCUGUACUGAGAAGACAAGACUUUGAUGAUGUCCCAACCCCAUGUCAAUUAGAGAAUUACAGUCCCAAGCAUCCUCAGCCAUUAAGGAGACCAGAUCCAGCAACAGACCAUUUUUCUAACCAGCGACCUCAAUAUGAGAAAUUUGGCUAUCCAAGCAAUAAUUUGCCUUAUGCAGGUUAUGCAGAGGGGAGACAGUAUCAGAAAUACUAAGUACCAGUGCUUCCUAUAUCUGAAACGUCUUGGAAUGCUGCGUGAUCAAUGGACGAUCCAAAUGCUGAGAGAUCGGUAAGACCUUGUGGGCUGGGACAUAGAGGAAAUAGAAUGGUUUGAAUCCACAUCGAAGGGAAAGGGGGGUAAGGGGUUGCAUCUUUUCAUAUUUCUCAGGAAGGCUUGUCAAAGACAACUUUUGCCAGGUCUGUUUACCAACCUGAAGGCGAUCACAGAAUUUGAGAGUGUUCAAUUUGAUAUUCCACCGCUCCUUUGAAAAGGAACAGGAGAAAGAGAUAAGGCAAUCCUGUCAAAUAUACUUGGUGCUGGCAAGAGAAGAGCUAUCUGGAAGGUAUGCACUCCUGCUAUUUAAAUUGAAAUACAUAAAGUUUCACAGAGAACGAAGCUUUCUUCGUCAGACUUUUGCUGUCUGCCCUUUAAUCUCAGGCAGAUCAAGAGUUGCAGGACAUCAGCCACACGGAUAGGCGCUGCUCCUGAUACACUUAACCACUCAUGGUCAGGUCAUCAGUAUAAACAUCAGGCAGUUGUAUGUGAAAGAAAACUGUAAAGAAACUGCUUGAAAUACUCUCGUGUCACUUCUAACAACAAUAAUAAUAUUAAGGAAUACCUUUUUGAAUAUGCCAUCUGCCAAGCAUUGUGCUUUGGUUGUUUGCGUCUUACCUGGAAAGCAGAGAAGCUCUGUCAUUCUUUGAAAUCUUUGUGUUCUGAACUGAAGGGUAAGGAGCAUUUCUGGUUGUCUGCUAGGUAUCAUGGUUAUGAUGCGCUACUUCCCUGUCAAGUAUAAACAGUUUAAAUUGA